AUGAUCAGGGUCAAUCAGGCAAUCCUGCUGCUGAUAGCCGAGACCCACUGGCCAUUUCAGAUCCAAGAGUGGAUGGGCCAGGUCAGUGAGAGCUGUGCAGAAGUGGUGACACAGCAUUUCCUAGGAGUGACUUAUGAGUCCCAGCCGUGUAUUCCCCUCCAGAUCAGCCAACCAUCUAGUAACCCCAAGAAGAUCAUUUGGAUGCACUGUGGAACCCAUGCCGGGGAAUGCAUCACUUCUGCUUUUUGCCAGUGGUUUGUGAAAGAAGUAUGUUUAAAUCAUUCUAAAUGCUCCUCUCUGAAAUUUCCAGAUUCUCUAAAACUACCAAGACAACUUGACUUCUAUGUGCUGCCAGCUCUUAAUAGAGACAGUUAUAACUACACUUGGAAAACUGAUCGACAGUGGAGAAAAUCCCAUUCAUCCCAUAAUAAGGGCAUAUAUUUUGGGUCAGAUCUCAAUAGAAAUUUCAAUAUUUCUAGGUGUAGUAUUGGCACAUCUAAAAACUGUCAAGACGUAACAUUUUGUGGAGCAGGACCAAAGUCUCAACUAGAGACUAAAGGUUUCUCUAACCUCCUUGAGAGUAGGAAGGAGGAGGUAGUAUGCUUCCUGACCACACAUUCUUAUGGUCAGCUCAUUUUUGUACAGUAUGGUUACACCACAGAUAAAUCAAGUAACCAUCAAGAACUGAUUCAAGUUGGACAGAAGGCAGCAAAUGCACAGAAAGUAAAGCAUGGAACCAAUUAUAGAGUUGGAUCAAGUGCAGAUAUUUUAUAUGCUACAUCUGAGUUGUCAAGAGACGGGUCUCAAGACAUCAAGAUCCCUUUUUCCUAUACAUUUAAGCUGAGGGACAGUGGUACCCAUGCAUUUGUUCUGCCUAAAGAUCAGAUCCAGACAACCUAUGAGAAAGUCCUGGAGGCUGUGCUCUCAAUCCUGGACGAUAUGCAUGCCAACCACUGGCUCUCUAGCCGUGCAUGGGAGGCCACAGGUACCUCUGUGGUGGUGAGCCCGCUGUGGUUUUUCACUUCUCCGCUCUAA